UCCCUAACGGGAGCAGCAUGGCUGAAGGAGGAGCUGCUCUCUGACCUUCAGUGAGACUAUAAGAGCACAGAAGAGACACACAGCUUCAUUCUACAGACAGACGGAGAGAGAGACACACACACACACACCGCUCACAGACCACAAACACAGGGAAGUGCAGACAUGAACGCUGCUCCUCCUGCAGGAAGUGCUCUGGCGACGCCCGCCAGCACCGCCGGACCCACCACGCCCAAGAAAGGGCCGCCCAAAUUCAAGCAGAGACAGACGCGCACCUUCAAGAGCAAGGCCCCCAAACCUGGCCAGAAAGGAUUCGGCGAUGAUAUUCCUGGUAUGGAGGGUCUCGGCACAGAUAUCACUGUGGUGUGCCCCUGGGAGGCAUUCGGAGACAUGGAGCUCAGCGAUCUGGCCAAAUACGGCAUUAUCUAAACCCCGCCUCCUCAACAUCACCGCCUUCAGCCCCGCCCCUCGCUUCCAGUGACCCCACCCCUUUUGCUCAAUGUUGUCGUGUGGUUAUGGUGUGUGAUGAUAAAGGAUUGAUUUAA